AGAUAAACGUGAUGUCGGCAGAUGAAGUUUUCAGUCACACUGCGCCGCGGGACUUUUACGAUUUCAAACUAACCAUCCAGACUCUCCUCCGACUGACAUGUUGCGAUGUUCCCUGCAGCCUCGCAAAACGUGCACUUGCUUUGGGUGAUUUUGUUUCAUUUCGUGUUUCUACCGGGCACUGGCUGUGGAUCAGCCGAUGCAGACAGCUGUGAUGAGGUGAAGACAGCCUACAUGAUGCGCCAAAUAGGCCCCGUGGAGCUGGUGCCCGACAGGCCGGGAGCAGAUGAGUCUCUGCGAGUGUGCGUCCACCCUGGGCCCAGCUGCUGUACCAGUAAGAUGGAGGACAGCUACAUGGCAGCUGUUCGCAGCGAGACGCAGCAGAAGAUCCGAUCCUACAGCUUUGAGCUGAAGUAUCUGAUCGCAGGACAGACCAAGGCCUUCCGAGAGACCUUUGAGUCGCUCGUGUCCUUCACCUCUAACCUGACCAGCACUCUGUUUGACAGCGCUUACUCUGCUCUUGCGUCAGACUGUCGCCCCCUUGUGUUUCAGCUGUUCAGCGACAUCAAACGUCACGUUUCUGGGAGCUCUAAUUCCACACUGGACAACACUGUGCGGCAGUUCUACAACAAUCUUUUCCCGUUGGUGUACCGCCGCCUACUCAAUCCCGGGAUAGGCCGCAUGCCACCGAAGCCCUAUUCCUCCCCCUCGGCCAAUCACGACGACUGCCUGCGGAUGACGCGGCAGGACGUCAGCCCCUUCGGACCCCAUCCCCGUCUGCUGGUCAGGAGCUUGUCCCGGGCCCUUGCCGUGGGUCGAGCACUGAGCCGGCUGCUCGCGCUGGCAGGAGAGGUCGUGAACGCGGCCGAGAAGGCGACGAUGUCCAGAGAGUGUGGCCGAGGCUUAGUGAGGAUGCAGUACUGCUCCCACUGCAGGGGGAUGACGACGUUACGGCCCUGUACUGGACUAUGUGUCAACGUUAUGAGGGGGUGUCUGGUCGCUGUAUCAGAGCUUGGGGCCCCCUGGGGUAGUUUGGUGGUGUUGCUCCAACGGUUAGCCGCUACUUUAGCAACCAGCAGCAACCACAACAGCCUGGAGUUAGCUCUGUUAGCGGUCCGUAACCAAGUGAACGAUGCUAUACUGCACGCACAGUUGCAUGGGCCUCGCAUUACAGCCACAGUAGAGAAGGUGUGUGGGCCCCAGGCAGCUGGCCCCAAGACGCAGACUGCAAAUCCUGCUACCGCGCAUCUUUCAUUUCUGAGCACUUUUCCAUCAGUAACCUCAGAGGGGUCAAAUGAGACAUCGCCUCCCUCAGCGGGCCCGGCUGCUCGCCAACGUCUGCAGCUGCAAUCCCGGAGGUCAUUCGUUCUUAAAGGGUCCAGAGGUGACAAGAGCCGCAGCUUGAAAAAACUCUCUCGGGAGUUUGAGGGCUCCAUCCAGCGGUACCGGUGGUUUUUCUCAGAGCUGCCAGAGAUGCUUUGUGAAAGUGAGAUGGAGGUUGAGCAGCACACAUGCUGGACUGGCCAAGACGUCGUGGAGAGUUACGCAGGUCGUGUGGUUGGCAGCAGUUUUAAAGCACAGAAGGAGAACCCCGAGUUGACUGUCCGCAAUACAGAUCCUGUCCUGAAGGGGGCGAAACAGAGACUGGAGCAGCUAACACAGGAACUGUUAGUGGACCUUGGCUGGGCGAGCAAAAGCAGAGGAAAAGUGGAAGAAGAGGAGGGAGGGAGUGCACAGAUGGAAAGAGGCAGCGGAGAUGACUGCGAUGAUGAAGAUGGCUGCGAAGCAUCUGGUGUGGAAAACGGUGACGCAUCCAGCGGUCGUAGUGCAGGAACAAAGGAGUUGGCUCCUGCUCGUCGCCCCGUCCCUCCUCAUCACCUCCCUCCUCCACAGGUCGUUCGAGGCUCAGCUCACAGGUCGUGUAUCGAACCUCUGACCCUGGCGACCAUGCUGCUUGUUCUGCUGUCGCCGUGGCAACACCGCUGAUGGCGGAGAUACGGCCUUACAGAGACAAAAAGACUAAGAGGCAACCACAAACGUUUGGUGGUGAAGUUGAGAAUUUGUAAUUCCUUUAAGUACAGGUCUACCACUCUGAUUGUUUUUGUUUUGGGUGGGUUGGGUGGGGAUGUUACCUGGACUGACCUCCACAUGUGGUUGUUUAUGUGAAUUUAACUCUGAUAGGAUAGACUGCACAGCACUACUAACUUUUUUUUGAAGAGAGAUGUAAAUACAAAUAUAUAUAUUAUAUAUUUAUAUAAAGAUUUUUGAUAGAUAACAAUGGCUUGAUGUGUGAAUAGACAAUAAUAUAGAAGACAGCGGAAUGACUUACAUGGUUAGCGUUGUUUUGUUUUGUUUGACCUUUACAAUGGACUUUCCCCACAGAGACUGAGAUCCAUGACAGCUGUAGGUCAAGUUGAAGACUUUCAAUGUAACCGCAGUUUACUUACAGUGAAGUGAAGACCUGUAUUCAUUUUGAAGAGAACUUUGGCCAAAACAAAACUUUUACAGCAUAAUGAAGAAUUUGAGCCUUUGGCCUGUAAGUCUCCACAGAUUGAAGCAUUUGAUCAACAUCUUGAACCCCCCCAAAAUGAUUCUUUAGUAGCAGAGAUCUCUCCUACAAAACAGAAGACACAAUCAUCUGUCUGGACAUCUAAAAAUAGCAAUUUCAUCUAAAUCAACUUUUAUCUGGGGAGUGAGACCAAAUGCUUGCUGGCACAAUACUUUUACACCAUAAUAUGUUAGAAGAAGAAGUUGGCUAUUAUUUGAUUCAUAUUCAUCACAUGUCGGACCCAGAUGGGUUUUUGUUUUUGUAUUUAAGGAACCUCACCCAGCUAUUGCUCGGCAAUAUACAUAAACAAGACACCAACUCAUACCAAUGUGCAUAGUGUAGAAAUAAGUGAAUAUAGAAAAUUGUUCCCUAACACGGCGAAAUACAAGGAUGGGCUAUAUUUUUGAAAAGGCAAAAAAAUAAUAUAUGGCUAUAAAUUUACAAAACAUUUAAUAAUGAACAUAUAAUUUGCAGCAUAUUGUUAUUUCAUGGAGGGAUGCUCAGAAUUCAACUAAAUGUGCUAUAUCAGUUUAACAUUUACAUUUGUGUAGAAAUUUUAAUGUUGUUGUAGCAGGAAGCCAGAACACCAGGAUGAAACAGCCAGUUAGCAGUUAGCUGUUUCUCUUUCCAAGUUCUGAAAAACAACUGCAGUAAUAUCAUUUGACUUAACCAGUGACGCUUUAGUGAAACGUAACGAAACCUGCUCUAAUAUAUUGUCCUGCUACUCUGUUUUGUUGUUAAUCUCCAGCAUAAUAUUAUAAUAAAUUAAAUGUUUUCAAAUA